CAAUAUAUAGCAGUCGAUGUCGCCGCUGCAUCCAGUUCUGAUUACGGCUUUAUUUGUAGAACUUUGAUUUUGAAUUAUUAUUUUUUUAAUCAACAUUUGAAAUGAAUUUCCACAUGUCUGUUUAUGGUAUUACGUUAAAUAUUCUUCUAUUUUUUUUCCGCAGCGGCUCAACAAAAUUAGCACCUGACUACAUACAUCCAUGUAACGACACGUCCAGCGAAUGCUUAGUGAAGGCAACCCAGGACGCGGUUCCGCAUUUCGUAAGGGGUAUUCCCGAACUUGACAUUCCGACAUUAGACCCGUUCGUGAUCGAGGAGCUGUCCAUACCGUUGAGCGGUGUCAAAGUCACCUUCCUUCAAGGAAAAGUAUCUGGAUUUAAAAACUGCAUAGUCGAUAAUGUUAUAUCGGAAUUAGAUAAACGACAUUUCGUGCUCCAAUUUCACACUAAUUUAACGAUCAAAGGACAAUAUACAGCUGUGGGAAGACUGUUAUUAUUCCCAAUAAACGGAGAGGGUGAUGCCACGAUAAAAUUAACUAACCUGAGGAUGAAAGUAGACAUCAACACCAAAUAUAUAAAAGGCAAAAACGGACUUCAUCACUUCGGAUUGAGAAACUACAAAUACACCUUCGAUUACGGUGACCGGGUUUCCUUUGAUUUGCAGAACAUAUUCAAAGAGAGCAAACAACUUAGUGACACUGUAUUAAAUUUCCUGAAUGAAAACUGGAAAACCGUUGCGGAAGAGUUUGGGAAGCCCAUCGUGGAUUACGCCGUAGAACUGGCUAUCAAUACCAUUAAAAAAUUCUUCCUAGCUGUCCCCUACGAAGAACUUAUCAACGUUCCGAUACCUAUAUAACAUAAGAAUAGUAUUUAAAAUAAAAUAUUUUUUUACGUUUU